UGUUCAUGACGGUUGUUUGCGUGGAGGACUCCGAAAAAAUCACGAAUUUACCGGUUUUUACUCCACGAGAACAAGUAAAAGGUGGAUAAAACUACCCUACAGACUUUAAUACUUACGUGUAAGUGUGGGCAGUUCACAAUACCGCAUACUUUUCGUGUAAACGACGGUGAAAAUUGGAUAGACGUUCCGCGUUGACAUUUUUGUUAUUAUGUCACGGUGGACAGCUCGUGAAUUGGCUGAAUUGAGGAGGAUUUUAGAGGAGAAGAAUGGUGUGUUACUUAAAGAAAACCUAGCAAACCUCGCUGAAGUAUUUCCAGACCGAUCAGCCGCAGCCAUUAAAAAGAAAUACUUGGAAUUAAAAAACACCCAAAAUAAUCCGGAGCAGGAACCAAAAGUCAACAAGUGGAAUGCAGAGGAAGAAAAAAGACUUGUAAGGAUGUACAAACAAAGACUAGAACCUCAGUCCGGUGCUAGAAUAAAAGCUAUCAUGCAAUCAUUGCCAGGAAGAACAUUAAAAGCAAUAGCCACUAAACUCAGAGAAAAAUAUCCCAACGUGUACUACAUGCGCGAUGUUAGUGAUGAAGAAAGCAGCGAGGAAGAGGAGCAACCUAUUCUCAACGUCCCAGUACCAUCACCCCCACCAAGAACCCCUCCACUACCGCAAACCCCUGAACAAUCGACAGUUGUUAUUUCCAAUGAAUCGGAAGAUGAGCCAACUUCUCCAGAAAGAACUGUAGAGAUGCAUCGCGAGCCAUAUAGUGAAGACCAGUUAGAGAUAAAAAGGAAAUUUGAUAAAAUUUUGAUGGCAACUGGAAAGAAAAAACAAAAAAUAAAAAAAUUCUAUCUCAGACCGCAAAACAAGGCAACUUUAGAUGUUAUAAACACUAUAUUACAACACACAAUUGAAGAUAUCAGUAACGGACAUAAGGGAGACAGUGCAAAGAGAUAUACUAUUAAAAAAGCAAUCUUUGUGGCUGGACAGCUUUUACACCAAGAAAUAUUUAAGAGCAAAAAUGGAAAACUGAAACCCUUAUUUGUAAGAACAGAAAACAAAAUCAAAAAACUGCAAAAACAUAAGGAAAAUGCAGAAAAAAUUUUGCGGACAAGGGGGCAGCUUGGCAAAAAACUACUACAAGAAAUGAAGAUAAUCAAAAAACUAAAAAUGACCGUCAAGCAAUACAUUUCUUCAACAACAGAAAGAAUUACAGUUUUUCAACAAAACCUGGAAAAACAAAAGGACAGGCAUAAUAAACAGAUAAUAAGAGAUAGGUUUUAUCAAAACCCAUCUAUUCAAGUACUGCAAAGAUCACAAAACAAGGAGGAUGCACUUCGUAUAGACACAGUCGAAACUUAUUACUCAGAUCUCUAUAAAAAAUGCACAGAAGCUCCACCAACACCAGUUUUUAAUAAAUGGAUAUCAAAGCUGAAAAGAUUUUCAAACACAAUCAACACCACUGACCAAAUACAUGAAGAGCAGAUCAGUUGUAAAAUAUUACAGACCUUGAGUAAAACAGCCCCAUGGAAAGCCCCUGGAGAAGACCAAAUUCCGAUCUACCUGUACAAAAUUUUCCCAGCUGCACAACAAUACCUGGUCAGCAGCAUUGGUGCCUUUGUACGGGGUAGUAAGAAAAUAUCACAAGCUGAUACUACUAUAUCUCUGAUCUUUAAAAAGGGCGACCAAAAGGACCCUGCAAACUACAGACCCAUAGCUGUGCUUAAUACAGAUUAUAAAAUCCUUACAUCCGUAAUAGCACAAAGCAUCGAAGAAAGACUACCAGACUGGGCUAUUCCUACUGAGCAACUGGCACGCAAAAACGUGUGGGGUACUACACAUGGGUUUUUGCUGGAUAAAAGUAUCACCCAGCUUGCCAGACUUAGAAGAGCGACUAGCUACUCGUCAUGGUAUGAUUUUUCCAAAGCCUAUGACUCUGUACACCAUAAAGAAUUAAAAAGGCUUAUCGAUUGUCUACCUCUUGAAAGAGAUAUUAGGGCAUUGCUUAAACGAGCUAUGGCGAUGUGGACUGUAAGAGUUAAAGUUGGCAAAGGGCUUACGAAGGAGUUUGCAAUAAAAAGGGGUGUUUACCAGGGAGACUCAAUUUCGCCCCUCCUUUUUAAGUUGGUCACUGCGGGGAUUAUCCACAAUAUUAAAAACAACCCAGCUAUAAACAAAACAGCAAAGGGCAAACAAGAGAUUAUUGCCUUUAUGGAUGAUAUUAAGUGUCAUGCACCAACAAAAAAAGCAAUCGACCUAAUAUCCAAAGAACUGGAGCAGAGUGCGUUGGAAAUUGGGCUGAAGUUAAACCUAGGAAAGUGCGGUUUCUAUUCCAGGGAGGCUAGUAACCAUGAGGAAAAUGAUUCGGCUCCCUUCAUACCGCAAGUCAGGGAGGGAUAUAAAUACCUUGGACUUCAUCAAUUGGAAAGAGACACUCUUGAGAACUACGAGUCUAUCCAAGGGAAAAUAUCGGAAAAACUAAUGGAGGUUGUAAAAUCAGACCUAACUACUGCUUAAAAAAUAUCCCUUAUUAACACCACAGUAAAUCCAGCGGCCAACUAUAUUAUGGGAAAUAUCUAUGCUAACGAGAAACGAAGCACCACCUUAAAAAAGUGCGGGAUUUGGACACGGAGAUUAGAAAAAAGCUCGUUGAAUACAAUAUUAAAGGAAAGACGUCAGCAAACGCCCGUGUCUACUUGCCAGUGGGGAAAGGAGGAUUAGGUCUACGACCAAUCGAGUUGGAGGCUGAAAUCCAGUACAUACACAAAGGGGUGUAUUUACAAAUGCAUCCAGAUAUGAAAGAGGCUCUCAAAGCAUACAAAGCCCUGAAGAAUGCAAGAUGGAGAAACCCAUUAUCAGAUUUUGAGUACGUGCUGGAAAAAUACCAAUGCCAAGCCCCUAUUGAUGAUUCGCUGGACUAUAAAAAAUGCUGUAAGGAUAUAACAAAACAAAUCAAGGCAAAAUUCCAACAGGAGAUGGAAAAAGAGUGGUCAGCCAAUCUUCUCUAUGCCCGCAACCUCCUAAAGGAGAAUGAUAUCCAGAUUCCAGCCUAUCAUUCUCCAAACAUGGAUAGCUGGAGAUUAAGUGUCCUAAUGGCAGCAGCAGAAGAACAGCUACAUGGCCUGGGUGCAAACCCAAACAAUCGUAAGAGAUGCCAGAAGGGAUGCAAUGCUGUGGAGAACUCCUACCACGUAGCAAGUGCGUGCCCUACCCGCGCCUCAACAACCAGACACGAUUUUGUGGUCCAUUGGGUCAUCAAGACGCUGGUCAACUCCUUGGAGGCACCGGAGGAGGUUAAAAGAGAUCUGCCCUUUGGAAAAGCGACCAUCAACUGUAAUUUCCAGAGAGGCAACCGAACAGUCCGCAUCGAAGCUGGGAACAAGCUGCUUACGGGGAAGAAGCUGUACCACAACAGACCUGACAUCGUGGUACACCCAUUUCUAUUUUCAAUUCACUACUUAGUGUUUUAUUGAUUCAAACCCUCUCAUAUGUAAGUAAGCUUAAAUAAGAUUGCUUUUAAAAAGUUGUAGCACUGUCCCUUUGACAUCAUAAGAAUCUAGCACAUUAAGAAUCUUUCAUGAGGAAUAGUGUCCAAUGCUCUAGCCAAGUCAGUCAACAUUGAAAUAUUUUUUGCCCAGAUUUAGGCUUUUAACAAAUUUCUUUAUUUAGUUUUUCUGAGAAUUUUUCAACUGAGUCUAUACGUGUUUAAUAACUUCUACUUCUGGUAAACUAUUAUAAUGCUGUUGCGGCUUGAUAAGCUGGAUUACGUAAACUUACAUUAAUCCUAAUAUUAUUAUCCUAGUAUAAUGUUCCUUAAUAUUUUCAGAAAAGACCACUCUUAUAUAUUAGAUUUUUAAAUUUUAUUAGUCACUCUAAAUAUAUAUUUACCCUGUUCAAAUAGAAGUAAUUUUUGCGUCAUUAAAACAUCCAACCUCAUAUAGUAUAGCUUCACAGUAUUUGUGCGCCAAUAAAUUUUAAAUAACACCUUCAAUAUCUUAUUUUGCAAUCUUCAUUUUACCAGUCUCUAACUCUGUAUAUAAUGCCGGGCAUUGGAAUAAUCUUAUUAGUUACAUGAUUUAUGUGUUCCCUCCAAUUCAAGUUGUCAUCUAUAGUAAGUCCCAAAUAUUUAGUAUGUUACUUUUUCAACUGAAAUAUUAUUUAUUUUUUUUAUAAACGGAUCUCUAGAAAAUUGAUUUAAAAAAAAGGAAUGUGUUUUUAAAAUAUUAAUUUUAAGUUUAUUGCAUAGUAAUCAUUUGGAAUACUUUUCUAUACAACAAAAUUGUGUCAUCUGUAAAUGCAAAAUAUCGACCAGUCAAUCUCAGAUCCCAAAGUCAUUGCAUCAUUGGUACUACAACCCUCAAGGAAACCAUACUGAUAUGGUGAAAGGACAUGGCUAGCAGUCAAGAAACUGAACUAAUCUUUUAUUGAGACACUUUUCAAAUAUUGUAGAAAAAUUUGUGAUAACGCUGGUCUGUAGUUUUUGACAGUUAUGGCAGUGCCAGAUUUUAAUAUGGGGUCACAAUCUAUAUUUUAAAGCAACUUGGUUCUUUUCCGAUUUCAAAAAAAACAUCUAAAAGAGGAUUAAGAAAUUCAGUAAAUGUUUGUUUAAUGAUCCUUGUGGAGACCCCCGUUAAGGCCAGAUGUACCAAUAUUUUUUAGAGAUUUAUGAACAAUAAAUUCAUUAGAAACAUUGAAGGUGUGGUAUCAUAAUCCAGUGAACAUCUUUGUAUUGGGAGAGGACUCUUUUUAUUAAUUUAUUAAAGGUGUUUAUAUAAGUCUUUUAUAUUGUAAUUUAAUUAUGAUUUUGUAACAAGCAUUUUUAUAUUAAUUUUCCUUUUUUUUUCCUUUAUCCCUUUAUAUUUUUUAUAAUAACUCAACCUUUUUAUGCCACAUUCUUAUUUAAUA